AAAAUGAGCGGCCUCCCCCCCACCGUUGCCGUGGCAACUUGAUGUCACGGUGACAUCACGCAGCACUAAAAGCUUUUAACCGGAUUCCUCUCCUGCCUUAGGCCCCAUUUUGAGUCCUCUUUCAGCUAGGCUAAAGGGAAGGGCACGGGCAGGACGCUGGGGUGUGUGUGUGUGUGUGUGUGUUUAUGUGUGUGUGUGUGUGUGUGUGCCUCCUUUGCACGUUUCCCUCCCUCCCUGCAGACUGAAAACAGCUCUGAGCACAGUAAAAUACUUUCAAAUUCAACCUCUGCUCAUCCUAUUUCUGCAAUCGCAGGCCAGGACGAAUCUGCUCAGGGAAAGAAAGGGAAAAAAACAAAAAAAUGGCUACAGAGGACGGGUUCAGCUACCUGAUGCCAGGCCACAGUGAGAAGCACCGGCGGGCCCCGAACUGGACGGACGGGGAAAUGAAGGCCCUCCUCUACGUGUGGGAGGAACACCACAACGAGCUGAAGACCAGCAAGAGGAACGCCAAGGUGUACGAGAAGAUGUCCCAGAGGUUCUUCCAGCUGACCGGCGAGCAGCGCUUCAAAGAGGAGAUCAAGAUGAAGAUCACCAACAUGUCUUUUCAGUACAGGAGACUGAAAGCCACCGUCGGGGACGCCGGCAGAGUCCCGGACUGGCCGUACUACAAACCCAUCGAGAAGAUCCUGUCCAUGCCGCUGGAGAACGGGCGGGGGAACUCGCUGGAGUUCCAGGUGUCCACGCCGGGGCCCUCCACCUCGGCCCUGCCCACCGACGACCUGGUGGCCCAGUCGGAGGACGGCAUCAUCGGGUUCCUGCCGGAGUACACCGGCUCCUCGGACGAGAUGGAGAUCAAGCAGGAGCUGGACUCGCUGAGCACCGACAGCGAGAACACGCACGGCUCCAGCUCCCAUCCGAUGUCCUCCAGGAAGAGAAACGCCAACAAGUACCUCUCCAUGAAGAGGAAGAAGCUCCGGGUCCUGCAGGCCCUGCUGGUGCAGCAGAAGCGGUCCGGCCGAGCCGUGGAGGAGAUGUGCCGGGAGGUCCGCCGGGCCGUGCACCAGCAGAACCUCCUCCAGGUCCAGUGUCUGCAGCUGCAGGAGCGGAUGAUGAACCUCCUGGAAAAGAUGAUCCAGCCUCCCGCCGCCAGCAGUUCGGCGCCGUCGGCUCAGAGCGACGCCAAAGAGCCAGAAAACCCAUGAAAUUUAAAGCGCGCUUCUGAGAGAUCAUGAGAUCGUCGCAUUGCCUCAUAUUUAACCUUGUUGAAGGAGAAUAUUUAUUUUUUACUUCAGUUUAAAAUUGGGCAAUUUUACAGUUUAUUGUGUAUUGUGUACAACUUCUACCUGUUAUCAACAGGCACAAAAUAUGUUUUUACCUUUUUGGAAGGUGUUCUGCGAAACGGUUUGAGAAGAACUCACCACCUGUAAUGGCAUACGUUAGUGUUUUAGCAUCUCCAGUAGGUCUAGCUCUGAUGGGAGUUUUCAUUUUAGAAAUAGUUCUAUCAGAUCAUUCUGGAUCAUUUGCCAAGUACU